AGCUAAUCAAGAUUAUUCAAGAUAGAUUGGAAGCUAAAAUAUUAGAGUCAUGUCACCAUCUUUAAUAUCAACAACACCAAGUGAUGACGGUGGUAUGCUCCAAGGGUAAAAGGUGCUGGUCACCCAGCAGAGUCCGCUACGUGUCCUUGUUGUACAGUACAUCAGGUCUACUUGCCGGUCACUUCAGAGAAGUGCGUGAAUGCCAUGCGAAGGUGGGGUCUACUCCAAAAUGAUAUGCAGACACUACAGACUUGGGGCAAGAGGACAGUCUCGAACAGACUCUCAUGAGAGGUCAACACGACCCCAAAGCUGUGGAUCAAGAAGAUGGAGGCCCCGGACGCAAGGGCAUUCUACAACUGGCUGUGUGAAACCCACCAGACCAGAAUCAAGGGCGCCUCAGUUCUCCAUAGCUACUGGUGCUGUGGCAAGAUAUUCUGCGAGUAUUUAAACGCGGAAUUGGGAGCCUCAUGGCAGAAGACAUUUUGAAUUACAUCAAUUAGCCGGGCAAGAAGAAGUGGAAGCUACAAGUGUUACCAAGAGAAAAGCCAACAGAAGACAAGGAACAGCGGAGAGGUCGACUGGUACAACAAUGUCGCCGCUUCCCUCGAGACACUGUCUCCGAGAGAGAAAGUGGAACAGCAGAGAUAUUGCAAUAAGAUUCUCCCUUAUCGAAUCCUAG